GAAUGUCGGUGUUAUUGAAGUGUUGUUCUAUGGUGAAGAUAAUCGCAUCUAUCCUGGCCAACUACUCCUUUUCACUCCUCCCCGUGUCUGUUAUAUGGGCCACAAGUAAUCAGAGCCGCAUGGAAGCUUGCUCUGCCGGAGGAGCAGUUCCGCGGCGGAAAUAUUUUCGCAACGAUUCGAACCACGGCGUGCCCGGCUGCGAUGGGAGGACCGUAUGCGGCAUAUGAUCCUCACUAAACGCCGUCCCCUCCACCCGAUCCAAUGCGCGAAUCCGAA